ACUUUGGGCUUUGAUUUAGUGCCAUGCAUCCUUUGCAGUGUGUCCUGCAAACACAGAGGUGGGGGCCCUUGGCUUCUGUGUCCUGGCUGCUGCUCAGGACCUGCAGGGCACAUAGUAAUGUCCCCAGCACUGCAUGUCCCAGUUUGGAGAGGCAGCAGGAAGAUGGAGUUCGGAAGGAUUUCAGCUCCAGGCUGGCCAGUGGGCCGACUUUUCAGCAUUUUUUAAGAAGUGCUUCAGCUCCUCAAGAGAAGCCGGACAUGGAGGACCCACCCCCCUAUCUUACAGUGGAUGAACUUUUAGGGAGGCAAAGAAAAGUCUAUCUGGAGACCUAUGGCUGCCAAAUGAAUGUGAAUGACACAGAGAUAGCCUGGUCUAUCUUACAGAAGAGUGGCUACUUGCGGACCAGGAACCUCCAAGAGGCUGAUGUGAUCCUCCUUGUCACAUGUUCUAUCAGGGAGAAGGCUGAGCAGACCAUCUGGAAUCGUUUACAUCAGCUUAAAGCCCUGAAGACGAAACGGCUCCGCUCCCGAGUACCUCUGAGGAUUGGGAUUCUAGGCUGCAUGGCUGAGAGAUUAAAGGAGGAGAUUCUCAACAGGGAGAAAAUGGUGGAUAUUUUGGCUGGUCCAGAUGCCUAUCGGGACCUUCCUCGCCUGCUGGCUGUUGCUGAGUCAGGCCAACAAGCUGCCAAUGUGCUGCUCUCUCUGGAUGAGACCUAUGCUGACGUCAUGCCAGUCCAGACAAGCCCCAGUGCUACUUCUGCCUUCGUGUCUAUCAUGCGAGGCUGUGACAACAUGUGCAGCUACUGCAUUGUUCCUUUCACACGUGGCCGGGAGAGGAGUCGCCCUGUUGCUUCCAUUCUAGAGGAAGUGAGGAAGCUUUCAGAGCAGGGGCUGAAAGAAGUGACACUUCUUGGUCAGAAUGUUAAUAGUUUUCGGGACAGUUCUGAAGUCCAGUUCAACAAUGCAGUGUCUACUAACCUGAGCCGUGGUUUUUCUACCAACUAUAAACCCAAGCAAGGGGGUCUUCGUUUUGCUCACCUUCUGGAUCAGGUCUCCAGAGUAGAUCCUGAAAUGAGGAUCCGUUUCACCUCUCCCCACCCCAAAGACUUUCCUGAUGAGGUUCUACAGCUGAUUCAUGAGAGAGACAACAUCUGUAAACAGAUCCACCUACCAGCCCAGAGUGGAAGCAGCCGUGUAUUGGAGGCUAUGCGGAGGGGGUAUUCAAGGGAAGCUUAUGUGGAGUUAAUUCAUCAUAUCAGAGAAUCUAUCCCAGGAGUGAGCCUCAGCAGUGAUUUCAUUGCUGGCUUUUGUGGUGAGACGGAGGACGAUCACCUCCAGACAGUGUCUUUGCUUCGGGAAGUGCAGUACAACAUGGGCUUUCUUUUUGCUUACAGUAUGAGACAGAAAACCCGGGCAUAUCACAGACUGAAAGAUGAUGUCCCAGAAGAGGUAAAAUUAAGGCGUUUGGAGGAACUUAUUACUGUCUUUCGAGAAGAAGCAACAAAAGCCAACAUGGCCUCUGUGGGUUGUACCCAGCUAGUGCUGGUGGAGGGGCACAGUAAACGCUCUGCUACUGAUCUGUGUGGCCGGAAUGAUGGAAACCUUAAAGUGAUCUUCCCUGAUGUAGAAAUGGAGGACGUUAAUAACUCUGAGGUCAAGGUCAGAGCUCAGCCUGGGGACUAUGUGCUGGUGAAGAUCACGUCUACCAGCUCUCAGACACUUAAAGGACAUGUUCUCUGCAGGACCACCCUGAAGGACUCCUCAGCAUAUUGCUGACCUGGGUGGAUGGCCUUAGAGUUGACAUGGGCUGUCCUUGCCCACAGGAAGGGAGCUAUGACUGGUCAGUAAUGAAAGAGGUAAUGAAGCUCUGGAGACAAACUGCAAGUGUUGAAGCAGCUUUAUGUCAAAUGGAAAAUGUAUCUCUUUCCUGCUAUGUGAACAGCUUAUACAGUCAUUAAAUUUACCGAAAGUAAAGUG